AUGCCAACCUAUCGGAUCGAGGAAGCCAGCACGGGAAGGGCCGGCUGCAAGAACAAGGAAUGCCAGGACAAAAAGGAGAAAAUCCUCAAAGGAGAGCUACGUCUUGGCACAUGGGUUGACACUGAUAAUUUCCAGAGCUGGAGCUGGAAGCACUGGGGCUGUGUUACUCCGAAGCAGAUAGCCAAUAUGCAGGAAGUCGUGGGUGAUGAAAAGGAUUAUACUCUCCUUGAUGGCUAUGAUGAGAUAUCUACAGAGAAUCAAGAGAAAGUCCGUGAUGCUGUCGAGGAAGGGCAUGUUGCUGAUUCGGACUGGAGAGGGGACGUAGAAGUAAACCGCCCUGGUAAAACAGGAUUUAGAGUUCGAAUUCCCAAGAACAAAGCAGAUGCCAACGAUGAAUCUCCUCAGAAGGACAAACGCUCCAGAAGCAAGAAAACAGCUGAGGAGUCAGGCGAAGAAGCUGAGCCCGUCUCAAAGAAAACAAAGACAGUAAAGCGUUCCAAACGUCAGGGUUCUGGAAAUGGUGCUGGCGCAGAUGAUGCCGAAAAUGGACCAACCAUCAGUCCGAAGGAAAAGGCUGCUGAGGAACGGAAGAAGAAAGCCAAAGACGAUGCUCCUAGCAAAGACAAGUCUCCUACUCGAACAAAAAAUGCCAAGUCCUCUAAGCCUGCGGAAGUGAAAAAAUCUGCGAACCGUAAGUCUGUGCCAGCAAAGGAUGACAAGGUAGAUGCGCCGAAAAAUGACAAGGAACCUUCUGAACGGAAGGGCGACUGA